AUGAGUCACCCUUUGAGUCAUUCGGCGCCACUGAUACCGCAUCACCAACAACAUGUGGAGCAUGCACUCCCACCACAUAUACUGCCGUAUGGCUCAAUGCCGCCACAACAAAUAAGCUCUCCAACGGGCACACCGAUCGGGAUGAAUGUAAAUGGCAUGCAUACACCUCCCAUGAACCAUGGUCACAUGUUUCAACAACAACAACAACAGCAGCAACAGCAACAACAACAGCAACAGGCACCUGCCGUUGCUCAUCAUGGUGUUGGUGUUCAACAACAACAUAUUCAAAAUAAUAAUCAAGGAGGUGGUCCACACCCACAACAACAGCAACAACCUCAAAUGGUUCAUGUUGCACCAAAUCAACAACAACAACAACAACAACAACAACAAAUGAUGCACCAAGAUGCAUUGAGACAUCAACAACAUCAACACCAACAAUUUCAAUUACAUCAACAACAAAUGCAACAGCAGCAAAUACAACAACAGCAGCAUCAAUUACAUCAUUCUCAACAGUCACAACCGCAAUCUCUGCCACCUCAACCCCAACCUCAAUCUCAACCACAGCCACCACCACAACUUUCACAAUCUACGUCUAGUGUUGUACAACAACAACAACAACAACAACCAAUAAAUACAUCUACGAAUGGUGGUGGUCCUCCUACAGUGGUAAUUCCAUCAACUCCGACAUCAAUACCAAUACAACCACCACCUCCACCAACACCUCAAACACCAUCUACACCAUCAAUACCACCAACACCAUCACUACCUAUUCCUCAAACCCCUAUAAGCACUACUAGCACAACCUCUACAACUUCUACAGCAGCUUUGUUAGCACCAACGGUUGUCUUGACAGCCGAACAACAAAAACAACAAAUACUUGGUGAAAUUAUGACAAAGUUGGCAGAUUAUUCAAAAUAUCAUCUUAAAAGACCAAGUGAUAACAAUAUAGGAUUUUGGAAGGAAUUUGUUGGAAAGUUUUAUAUGCCUGGAGGUAUUUUCUCUCAUACUGUUCAUUUGGAUUCAAAAUCUAGAACUUAUGAAUUAACAUAUGAUGUUUUACCAAGAUUCUAUCAAGUUGCAUAUGAUGCUUGUAUAAAAGAUUUUUCAUUUUCAUUUGAUGACCAUAAAGCUGAUCUCAUUGAAGGCACAUUGGCAUAUUUGGAAUCAAAUAGAGCAAGAGUUUUGCUUUUAUUUGAUCAUUUACAAGUUCAUUUAGAUGGAACAAUGAGAGUAUAUUUAGUACCAUCAACAUUAAAAAUUGUAAGACUUCACUUUGAAACGCUAUGUUAUCAGGAAUUGAUACCAAGACCAACGGUAGAAAAGUUUUUGGUAGAUAAUCAUAUUAGCGCUCAAGCUUCGAAACUUUUAGAGUCGCUAUCUCAUUUGGCGCAGCAGACUUCACACAACUCUUCAUCUCAAGGGCCAUCGCCCUUGGCCACUUUGGCUGCUCGGGCCGAGGAGUUGGUCAAAUCCCCUGUAAAUGAAUAUGGCGUACCCCCUCUUAUGAUGCGUUGCUACGAGAUUGCAGAUAUAUUCAACGACUUUGACUCUUUGAUGGAAUAUAUCAAGGACAACAAGGAUUCGGAAAAGGAACCAAGACAAGCCUUGCAAGAUUUUGUAAAUUUAAAACAACAACAAUAUCCUCAACAACCACAAAAUAAUCAACAAACGUCGGGGGCUGUACAAGGUAAGGUGAAUAAUAAUAAUAAUAAUAAUAAUAAUAGUAAUAGUCAACAACAAUCCCAUCAUCCUCCACAUAUUACAAUACCUCAACAUCAUCACCAUCAACCUGCUACUCAACUACCACCACAACCACAACCACAAAAUAGUCAUCCAUCUCAUCACCAACAACAACCACCUCAUUUCCAAGCUCCCGCUCCCCCUCCUCAACAACAGCCACCACAAACUCUACAACAACAACAAGGACAACAAGGAGUUCUUACUCCACAACAACAACAUCAAAACUAUAUAAUACUACAACAACAGCAACAACAACAACAACAACAGAAUUACCAUCAUCAUAUACAGCAACAAAUUCAACAUCCACAAAUGGUCGGACCACCUGGACAGCAGCAACAACAACAACAACAAUUUAUUCAUCCUCAAAUGAACUUUUACCCAUAUCCACCACCUCAUCCAUCCCAACAAUAUCACAAGUAUCCACCUCAAAAUGGACACGAGAUGCAACAGCCUGCAGCUCCUCCUCCACCUGCUCCACCCUCCCAACAACCGCAACCACAACCAACAGCAGCACAGGCAGCAGCGCCAGCACCACCACCAGCGGCAGCAACACCUGCUUCCAUUCCAGCACCGCCACCACCCCACGGAGGCAAGAUAAAGUUUGAAAAUAAUAACAAAUUCAUGACCAAUCCUCAACAAAAGAGAGCGCCCCAGAAAAGCACCUCCUACUCUCUAGACGAUAAAAAGACUCAUCACUAUGAUGCAUCGCAUCAUCAUGGUCACGAUGAAGAGAAAAAAACAAAGAAAAAGAAAACAAGUGCUGCCAAUAAUAAUAAUAAUAAUAAUAAUAAUAACUCGUCCCAACCAAAUAGUACCUCUACAACACCAACUAGUGGUACUCCCUCUAUAUCAUCUCAAAAUCAAUUAAAUAACUCGAAUAAUAAUAUACAACAACCACCUCUAAAUCAUCAUCAUCAACAACAACAACAACAUCAAUUACAACAACAACAACAACAACAUCAACAACAUCAAUUACAAUUACAACAUCAACAACAAAUGCAACAACAACAACAACAAAUGCAACAACAGUAUUAUCAACAACAAUACACACAAUCAUAUAUGGUACAACAACAACCUCCUCCUCCUCCUCCUCCCUCUGCACAGCAACAACAACAACAACAACAACCAACAUUUCAAACCUUUUCAUUUCAACCACCACAACAAAGUAUAGAAAGUCCUCAUGUAAAUCAGCUAAAAUCCUCCUCACAAGGUGGAUCCUCACCAAAACUACAGGCUCCACAAUUAUUGAAUGAUCAACAACACCAACAACAACAACAAAAUAAUUCACCAAACAUUCAUAUACACAAUUUUGAACCUACUCUUGAAUCAAUGGGAAUUGAUCAAAAUAAACAACAACAACAACAACAACAACAACAUAUAUCUGUAACAUCUGUAGAAUCACAACAUCAACAACACCAACAACAACAACAAUCAACCGAUAUGGAAAACCAACUACUUCCUGAUACUUUUAAAAACAACCCAACUAGUAAUAAUAAUAAUAAUAAUAACAAUAACAAUAAUAAUUCACUUAAAAGAAGUUUGCAGCAAGUAGUAUAA